AUGAACCGUCUAGGCUAUAAACAAGAACUAUGUCGCAAUCGAUCAGUCCUAACUCUCCUCUUCCAAACCCUCGCCAUAGCAGCAAUCCCCUACGGCGAAGGUUCCGCGCUCCUCUCCGCCAUCUACGGCGGCGGUCCCCUCUCAAUCUUCAUAGGCUGGAUAGUCGUUUGCGUCCUCGACCAAUGCAUCGCCUUCUCCCUCGCCGAGCUCGCCUCCCGCUACCCAACAUCCGCAGGCCCCUACUACUGGACCUUCCAAAUCUCCCAUGGCAACAAAACAACCCUCUCCUUCAUCAACGCCUGGAUAUGGCUAAUCGGAAACUGGACCAUAACCCUCUCCGUAAACUUCGGCUUCGCUUCCAUGCUCUCGGCAACAGUCUCAAUCUACCACCCAGACUGGUCAGCAUCCAGCUGGCAGCUCCUACUAAUCUUCUACGCAGUUUGCCUCACUUCCCUGACAAUCUGCAUCUUCGCAAAUAAACACCUCCCACUAGUCGACACCCUCUGCGCAUCAUGGACCCUGCUCACAAUAAUAAUCAUCCUAAUCGCCCUCUCCGUCAAAGCAGAUACGGGCCGCCACUCACCAUCAUACACCCUAUCCCACUACGACAAAUCCUUCGCCGGCUGGGGAAACUUCACCUUCUUUAUCGGCCUCCUCCCGGCUGCAUACACCUUCUCCGCAAUAGGAAUGGUCACCUCAAUGGCAGAAGAAUGCGCAGACCCAGCGGUGAAAGUACCCCGCGCAAUAGCACUCUCCGUCCCAGUCGGCGGAACAGCCGGUCUAUUCUUCAUCAUCCCCAUCUGCGCAACCCUGCCCCCACUCCAAGAUAUCAUCAACGCCCCAGCAGGCCAGGCCCUCCCCUACAUCCUAGCUCGCGUAAUGGGUUCCCCCGCUGCCGGUCUCGGCCUCAUCUCCCUCGUCCUGGUGAUAACAGUCUUCUGCUCGAUUAGUAUAACCGUGGCCGCAUCGCGCGCGACCUGGGCCGUCGCUCGUGAUGACGCCAUUCCGCUAGCGAAAGUAUGGGCGCGUGUCGAUGAGCGCUGGGGCGUGCCUGCUUGGGCGUUGCUUUUGUUGACGGGGAUUCAGAUGUUGCUUGGGUUGAUUAAUCUCGGGAGUUCCAGUGCGUUUACCGCGUUUGUUUCGGUGGGUGUUAUGGCCCUCGCGGCGGCUUAUGCUAUUCCUAUCUUUUUGAGUUUGUGGCAUGGUCGUGAGGAGGUUGCUAAGGCGCCGUGGACUUGUGGUGGGGUUUUUGGGAGGUUUGUGAAUGUUGUUGCGUUGGCUUGGAUUGCGUUUGAGUUGGUGUUGUUUAGUAUGCCGACUACUUUGCCGGUUACGGCGGUGUCGAUGAAUUAUGCUUCGGUUGUUUUUGUUGGGUUUAUGGCAAUUUCGGGGGUUUGGUAUGUGGUUUAUGCGAGGAAAUAUUAUAAGGGUCCGCCUGAGUCGGAUGCUCUUGAUUGA